GGUUGUCAGUGACGCUCUCGAGCCGUAGUCAGGGUGGUCUGAGUGGGUGCUGGGCUUGAUUCUGGCUGGCGGGCCAGGCUCCUGCUAGAACAGCGCUGAAGGUGGGAGACUGGUGUGCUUUGUCUAUUUUGGAAAAAAACUGCUGAACAUACUAAAGAAAGGGCAGCUCUUCGACUGACAACUCGUAAGGAAAUGACUUUCCGCCUACUUAGGAUUAGAAGACCAGCUCAUUCUUAGAAUCUUCUGAAACAAAAUUAGAAUGGAUUGUGGAGAUGAAUAUUCCCAUAAUUCUUUUAACCUACAUUGUUUGUUAAAUUCAUUUCCUGGAGACUUGGAGUUUAAACAGAUCUUCAGUGACAUUGAUGAAAAGAUAGAACAAAAUGCUACAAGCAUAGAACAUUGCAUUAAAGAAAUACAGUCUGAAGUUAACAAACAAUAUCCAGAUGUGCGGCUACAAACAACAAUGGACUGUUCUGAAUGGCUAAAAAAUUAUAAUUAUAACUCAUACAAGUCACCUUCCAUUCCCCAUGGAGAUCUGAUAAAAUUCCUCAAAACACUGCAAGAUUUGUUGAAGAAUGAACAAAAUCAAGAAGAACUGACACUGGACUUACUUUGGGACCUCUCCUGCCAGAGCAGUGUUUCAUUCCCAUCAACUCUAAGUGGAUCAUGUUUGCAUUUCCUCUCUAGGACUUCUCUUCAUUCUGUUGAAGAUCAUUCCAACAUGGAUGUAAAGUCUAUAUGGGAUGAUAUAAGACUACAUCUCCGACGCUUCUUAGUGAGCAAAUUACAAAGCCACAAUGAAAUAAACAAUUCGCAGCAAAAAAUUUUGUUGAAAAAUCAGUGCAUGCAACAACUCUUGUUUCUUUAUCCAGAAUCAGAAGUUACAGUCAAGUACCAAAACAUACAGAAUAAACUGUUGGCUAAUCUUCUGCAGAACUGUUUUUCUUCUUACAGCAGAGAAUCAAAUUUAGACAUAAUGGCUAAUGAAUGCCAAGGUACAAUGCUUAAGUUAUACUCAAUGAUAAAAGAGGAUUUUAACGUACUAUGUGAAAUUUUAGCUCCAUCCUCAACACUGAAAUUCAUUAAAGAAACUUACCUGGAUACUGUUACAGAAGAAAUGGCAAAAUUUCUUGAAAAAUUUUGUGAGCUGCAGUUCAAAGAAAGUGGUGUUCGUGUGAUUAGAACAAGCAAGAGCUCCAGCAGGCAUAGAGGAACCGUGCAUGCUUUGGUUACUCCUGAAUACCCACAGAAAGGAAGAAACUUUUUCCUCUCCUUAGAUGAACUCAGGUUCUUAUCACAGCUUAUAAAAUCUUUUUUGAAGCUGGAAAAAAAUGUUCAGAAAUUGUUUGAAGAAAUGUUUUUAUCACUCAAGAUACUCAGGAAUACUUCAGCAUAUUUUGCUAAUAAAGGUCUUGGAAGGAGUUGUCCACUAUGUCUAUGUAACCAAAACAAUGUGGUGAAAAGAAUUUUGGAGACAUCCAAGAGAGAAGUUGUAAUAGAGAAACCUAGAGCAAAUGAAACCAGUGUUCCUUCAGAGCAAUUGCUACCAGUAAAAGAGAUUACUUUACUAGAUUUUGGCUGGAGAAAUGCAUUUAAAGAAGUGUCUCUUCCUCUGGCACAUUGUAUAACAACAGCGGUUGAAGAUUUUUCCACAAAAAUUCUCCAGCAGGAACAGAAUGAAAGGUCUUCAACUAUAAGCUACACUUUGACCCUUGUAAAUGCCCAACAAGUUUGGCAAGAUGGCCAAGUGGUUCCUGAGGAAGACCAACCAAAGAAAAUUGCAAAGUUUUGCUCUGACAUCAUGGAAAAGCUCGACACAAUGCUUCCACUGGCUCUGGCAUGCAGAGAUGAUUCUUUUCAGGAAAUUAGAGCAAACUUUGUGGAGGCCUGUUGUAAAGUGGCAACAGCUGUCCUGGCGAGACUGCAAGAGAGGGGCAAGGAGGUUCCUUCCAAAGCACCCCUGAAAAAUUUACACACACUGCUCUCCACUGCGGUAUAUGUCUUCCAGCAUUUUAUGCAGUAUGAUAAUUUGAUGAAAGAAAAUGCUAAGAAACCCAUGUUCCUGGUGCCUGUCCAACGAUACCAGGAAUUCAUCAACACUCUACAGUUUCAGGUUACGGACUACUGCGUCAGAGUUUGUGCUACAAGCAUUUUACAGGAUGCUGAGAGCCACCACUGGGAUGACUACAAAGCUUUUUAUGAGGGGGAAAGAUGCUCCUUCUCGCUCCAGAUGUGGCAUUAUUUCUUGUGGGCUCUUCAUCACGAUCUCUGGACCAUUCUGCCCCCCAAGUUAGCCCAGGAGAUUCUCACAGAAGUGCUGGAGAAAUCUUUGGGUCUCCUGGCUGCCAGAUAUGCUCGGGCCCAUCCCAGUUAUAAGAGAACUCCACAGAUAAGACUUGAUGUCACAACAAUUUUAAUAUGCACUGAGAACAUGUUAUGGUCAGUUUGCACAUCUGUACAGACGCUUUUGAAUCCCCAUGAGUAUGUGGAUGAUAAAAUUUUUAAAAUCCAUACCCAUUGUAAUAAUCUGUUCACAACAUUAGUCAUCUUGACUUCACCAUUAACUGAAUUAUACAAGACUUUUCAGCAUGGCAUGGAUGAUUCUGCUUCAAAUUCCUUAAAAUCAUUUUUUAAGCAACCAUUACAUUGGCUUUCUUGUAUAUCACAUUUCUACCCUUCUUUACUCAGGACUCCAUCAGCUGGACGACUGACAGCCGAGGGUCUAUUGAAACUGCUCUUAUCCCAGCCAGGGUGUAAUUGGAACCUGUUUCUGGAAACCCUACUGCAUCACGAUGGUCUUUUACUGAGAAUCUUGCUAAAGAGCUCAAAACACACCUUUCAAGAACGAGGUUCUGACACAGAAAAUAAUCUGAACCAAGGAUCCGGUUUGAUAGAAGCCAUCUUUAAAGUAUUGUACCACUGUAAUUUUUCUCCUCAAACAUUUGGAAAUGUUUUUGUGAGCUACUUGGAAGAAGAACAAUUACGGGACUUUUUAUAUAAAAUUCCAGUUUCAACGUACAUGGAAUCCGAGCCAGAGGUCAUCCGAUGCUUGAGACUGGCACUGACGGACGCUGUCAAGGACAUUGUACAGCAGAUAAUAUCUGUGAUGAGCUCUGGGAGAAACGGGGAGACAAGCCUAAACAAGCACCGUGUUCCUGAACGUCUGCGUGAGAGUAUUCCAAAAGAAUGGAAUUAUGUCCCGAGAGAAACCAAAAGGAAAGAAUCAAGCAAAGGCGUCACAAGGCUUGUGGCUCAGGCGGUGUCUAUUGUAAUCAGCGAGUUACCUACAGUGAUUGCAUGUUUGCCUCCCCCAAUUAAAUACUUCUUUUUUCUGUCUGAGAGAAAAAUGUCAGAAAACUUUUUUGAAUUGAAGAAAGCUGGCCUGCUUGUCUGGAACUUGAUUGUAAUUAUAUGUCGGAUAUUUGAGGAUGGAAACACUGUGGAACUUUUAACAGGUGCCUCCCUUGACAGCUGGAGUAAAGACAAACUCAGUCUAAUCUGUGCGUGUUUGGAAAGCAUCAUGGGAGAGCAGACAACCAACCCUCAUCAAAUGACCCAGAAGGUCCUACGGAGCAUUGAGCAGCAGAAACCCAACUGGAUUGAAUGCCAAUUUUUGAAAGCAAGGAAACUGAGCACCGAAUGUGCAUUUAUGACAAUAGAGAAAAGCACAGCCGUAGAAGAAGGAGAGACUGCUCUUGAACUGACUGAGCAGAAAAUAAACAUGAUGGUCCUGGAUGUCUGCCACAAACCAGGUGGCAGCGAGUACCUAAGGCAAAUUUAUCACAUCAUGCGGCUCAAUGAGGAAUAUUUAAAAGAACAGCUGUUUUCUAUGACUGGUUCAGAGCAAAAGCCUUUACCCAUCCGACCUUUAAGGACAACCUUGAGGAGCAUGGAAGAUCAGCCCUCUGCCUUUAACCCUUUCCAUGUGUACAGGGUGUUUAGUGAAAACAUGCUAGAUCAGUCAGCCAUCACAAAAUGGAACUGGAAUUGGUCAAACUUGCUGCCAAAUUAUCUGGGACUGGAUAAGAUGACCUUCAGUGUGCUGCUCAAAAACAGGUGGGAAAUGAGGAAGGAUGAAAGACUAGAAGAAGAAGAAAAAGCAAUGCUGGAACAUUUAAAACGAAUGUGCGCCAUCCAGAACUCUUCUGCCUUAGAUAACGCAGAGGAACAGUCAUCUGCAGAAAACAGCAACAGCUUUAUUUUAGGAAAUAAUCACAUGUAAUGGAGUAGGAUUUUUACUCUAGUCAGAAUGAACCUCAGAUGUGCUGUGAAGCGUGAAACCAAUGACUGACUAAUCUCUGAGCUGCAGAGGAGUACAGCUCAUAAAGAGUAAAGUGCUACAUUUUUUAUUUUAAAAAUAAUUCCGUAUGUUUUUCUUUCCUCAGUCAUCUUCUUAAUAUGUUAUAGCUGCUGCCAUCUCGUGUUCCCUUUGAAUUAUUUUUUUUCUUCUUUCAGGCUUGAAGUAUCUACAACAACAGGCAAAAUUUUGGGGAAUCUUUUCCCUAAGAAUUUUUAAAUACAAUAUUUGGAUUUUCAGUUACAGUCACAUAGUCUCCCGAGGGUCAUCUGAAAUUUUAAAAUGAAUUUUGUAGCCAUAGCCCAAGUCCAGGUCUUAAUUGCCUAUAAUACCUACCACUGUACCAGCCUCCUUUCCCAUAGCCUCUUUCUCAUCCAAUUUAGUUAAAUCAGAGCCACAAAAAGCACUCUCUUGAAGUAUAACUUUAGUAAUAUCUCUGCCUAUAGUGGUUUUUCAAACAUCAAACUUCCAAUCAUAUGCUUUCAGAACCUAUCCCCAUUGGUACCAAGUUCAGGCAACUGCCUGUCAUCCUCUUGGCUCAAACCAGACGCUUGCCAUUUUUCCCAGACAGAAACCAUCUUUCUCCCAAAAUCAUGUUCAAAACUCACUCCAGCAAUCUCUUAUCCAUAGUUUCUUUCACUUCUCUUAUUUCUAUUACAUUGAUACACACACACACACAGGAAGGAAAAGGGAACAUGUUCUAGUGCCCUCUAUGCCAAGUACAGUUAUAUUUACUACACCCUUCCUAUCUGUAGCUAAUAUUAGAUUAUAAAGACCUUGAGGGCCUUACAACAUAAUAUGAAGUCUCCCUUUAUAACAAUGGUCUCCCCCAAAUAACUACUAUAGUUAUUCAUCUAGUGGGCAGUUAAUAAACACAGUUGUUUAAAUGGCUGUCAUUGUAAGAAGAAGACAAUUAGACUUUUGAGCAAUCUCCAGUACAUCUGGAAGAAGCCUUAUAUCUUGAACUAUUUUAGACCACAUGACACUGAACAUCAUAGUUUCUCAUGUUCUCAGGUUAUUCAUGUUCCCACAUUCUGUGAUUUUUAUAAAAUAUGUAUAUGCUACAUGAUUUCCAAAGGAAAGUACUUAGGCAUUUUUCAAAGAGUAAAAGCUUGGAUUGCAGAGGCCACCUUGGAAAAUUUCUUACAUUAUUUCCUUACAUAAAAGCACAUAAAUGGCCAUGUAGCCAGCUGCCUGCCAAAUAACAAACUUUAGUUUCAAAGAAUAUACUUUAGUUGGCCAGGAUAAUCAUGAGCCAAGUGUUUUAAGACAUGAUUGAAAUAAUUUCUAAAAAUUCUAUGCAGACCAUUUAAAAAUGGUAAAUAUUCAUGAGAAUUGGACUUCCCAUAUAAUCUUACCUAUAAACAAUUACUAUAACAACCAAUAUAAGUCAACAGUUGACUUUUUCAGCUUAGUGAUGGUCUAUGUACUUAAUCUGUAUAACUAUGUGUUAGUAGAAAAGACACUAAAAUAGAAAGUGAAAAAAAAAAAAAAACUGAUCCAAAACCAAAAUAAAAUAAUCUUAUAGGAUUUCACAUUUGGGUUCUUCUGUUUUCUAAUAUAUCUAAACAUCAUCUGUUAACACGAUUUUUUAUUGAAUCUGUACAUUUCUGUAUUAAUCCUGCGAAGUGACUUAGUUCCUCUAGAAAAGAAUUUCUAUGGCUCCCUUCUGAAAGGAAAAAGGUACAGUAAGGAGAGAAUGAGAGUCGUUGGAAGGAGAGAAAAGUAGAAAAGAGAGAAGAGCUUGCAUCUAAUUUCUGUACUUGUUCUAUGAAAUUACUGUAGCCAUAAGUGCAAUAAAAUUUAUAAUUGGGAGUGUUAAAUGGCAAGCUAUUGAUUUUUCAGACCAUUUUGACUUUAUACUUAAUGUUUCUUAAAGUAUGAUAAAAAGUGAUACUUCAAAACAAUUACUCUUUCUCAUUUAUUUUUGUGUAAAUAAACAAUAGGAAUGAAGCUUAAUAUUUAAUAAAUCUGCAUAUGCUUAUUACAGAAAUAUUAUCUUCUUAUAAAAUGUCAUCUUCCUUCUGUUUUGUUUAACUGUAUUUUUAUGUAACUAUAAAGAAGUAUCUAUUUUAUUGGCUAUGUUAAAUUACUAUGUUAAAGUAGUACGAAUUAACUUUUUAAUAAACACUUUAAAAU